UUAAGGGGAGACAAAAUGGGUCAAAGUAGAGACGUGUUAACGAAGAGAGGCAGUUGCCUUUCUGACUUGGCCGCAUGACAUUAGAAUUUUCUUGGUAAAACUAAUAAGCUCCUCCCUCCCACCCCUCCCUCCCUCUGCAACAAUUACUACUAAUUCUAAAUAUUUUCUCCGGCCUCCGGCAUACUGCACCCCAUCAAAAUUAUUAUAACUGAGAGAGACACGCACACUGUAUGUGUGUUUGUAUGUGUGAUUAGGUGAGAGAGAGAUCAAUAGUGAAUCUGAAGAGAGGCAGUAUUAGAUUUAAUUAAUGAUGAAGUCGUCUUUCGGAAAGCUGAAGAAAUUUGCACUGCACAAGGACAAGAAGGAUCAUCAGAUUUUGUUGCAUUUGGAUGGCCUCUCUCAGGCUUCACAGGAUAUGAAAGACAUGAGAGAUUGCUAUGACAGCUUACUAUCUGCAGCAGCUGCUGCGGCUAACAGUGCCUAUGAAUUUUCAGAAUCCUUGAUGGAAAUGGGAACCUGUCUAUUGGAGAAAAUUUCAUUGAAUGGUGAUGGAGAAAAUCGCAAAGCACUGUCAAUGCUUGGAGGAGUACAAUUAGAACUUCAGAAAUUCGUAGACUGCUAUCGUUCCCAUAUUAUCCUAACUAUCACAAACCCAUCUGAAUCUCUUCUUAGUGAACUUCGGAAAGUGGAGGAGAUGAAACUGCAGUGUGAUGAAAAAAGGGAGGUGUACGAGUAUAUGGCAAAAAGGGGAAAGGGUGGAAAGGGGGAGAACUUUACUUCUCAGCAGUUACAGGCAGCUCGGGAGGACUAUGAGGAAAUGGCAAGACUUUGCAUUUUCCGUGUACAAUCUCUGAAACAAGGGCAAUGUCGCAGCCUUUUGACCCAGGCAGCUCGUCACCAUGGAGCACAGCUUAAUUUCUUCCGCAAAGGACUUAAAUCUCUUGAAUCUGUUGAACCACAAAUAAGGAUGGUUGCUGAAAACCAACACAUUGAUUAUCAACCUGUUGAAUUGGAUGAUAGUGAGGAUGGAGGCAAGAGCUAUGAGGCUAAUGAUUAUGGUGAAUUGAGUUUUGAUUAUAGAAAAAAUAAGCAGGAACCAAAUGACUCUUUCCCAUUGAGGGAUUCAAUGGAGUUUGAUCCUGCGGAUGCUCCAAGUACCCUAACCUCUGGGAUGGAGGAAGUGGAGUUGGAUUUUGGCAAAAAUCAAGAACAGGUUUUUACUAGACAACCGCGUGUAGUCAGUCAUUCUGCUCCAAUAUUUGCAGAGAAAUCGGAUAUUUCUGAUAGAAUCAAACAAGCACAGACAUCUGUCCGGAAAUUUCACACAUACGUCUUACCGACUCCAGCUGAUGCUAAGAGUUUGACUUCAAGGACAAGUGUUUCCCUUCUCCACUCAAGUACCACGAAUACUAGUGAAGGCAGCAACAAUCCGUGGCAUUCUUCCCCGCUUAAUAUGGAUAAAUACUCUAAAUUUGGAGAUGACAGCUUGUCAACAGACACUCUUGCAAAAGGCCAAUCCAAUGCUCAAGAGAUUAAAGAUCACACUUUCUCCACCCCACUACCCCCGCCUCUUGCUGAGGGAACUUCUCUCCCACAAAAUGAUAUGCAAAAUGGAAUUGAUGCCAGAAAGAUAAGAAGACUUGCUUUCUCAGGUCCAUUAGCUAGUAAGCCUUCAUCCAGCAAGCCGCUGUUAUCUGCCAGUGGACCUAUUGGUUUGGCCGAACAGCCUCUUCUAGAACCUGGGUUAGCUUCUGGAAUACCAAUAACUCAGCCACCAUCGACUCUAGAUGUAUCCUACAGUGCUUCACCUCCCCUUGUUUCUUCACCAAAAAUAAGUGAGCUUCAUGAGCUCCCUCGUCCCCCUGGCUUAUUGGCCUCCAAGCCAUCAAGUUCAACUGCAUUUGGGCACUCUGCACCCUUAGUCAACAGAAAUCAAGAAAUGUCACCAACAAAUCAGAGCCCUGUGCUGGCAUCAAAUACCGGUUCUCCACUACCACUUCCGCCACUAACUAUUCCUCGAAGUUUUUCUAUACCUUCCAAUAAUCAGAGAGCAAUGGCACUACAUGUAGCCCAACUACUAGAAUCUCCUCAAAGAAAGGGCAAGGGAGAUGUGAUGUGCUCUCCUCCAUUAACACCUCUCUCUCUUUCAAACGCUUCAAAUUCUGGGCAAAUCAGAGGGAGGAGCUGAUAUAUGCAAGCCAUUGUAGACAGUGACGUAUUUUUUUAAAUUUUGAGUUGGGGGUUGUAGAGUUUGUUUUCCACAAGCAUUAUUGCGGGAGUGGGAUUUGUACAUAUGUUAUUAAUGUAAGGUUUUAUUUUGUUCGUUUGAAUGUUCUCCAUGUAUCUUACAUGAAUGUAACGGGAGAUACCUGCCACAAUUUUGA